AGAUACCCCAACUCUCUUCGCAUUUAUCAUCCCACGAUACCGAGAUAUUUGCGACUGGCUUUAUACUGCAAAGCGUCAUGACGCUUCCUCUUCCUCAGACUCACGACAUAUAUCUUGAGCGACAAGGAGGUUACACUACAGCGGCCUCUUGGCUGGCCCGCGACAGUGAUAACGAAACCCUCAUUUUCAGAAAAUUCGACAAGCUUGCUAUAGUUAACUUACUAUAUAUGCAAAGCGAGAUCCUAGAGCUGGAGAAACGGUUAGACUCCAUGCACCUCCUUACUGUGAAUAGUUAUGACUUGGACCUCAAGGAUGCGGCAAGCACUUGGGAAACACUGUUCCAUCAGUCUCAGGGUGGCAAGCCCGCAUUUCGACAGGAUGCCAAGGAGCGCAUGAUUCUCAUUAGGGAAUUAAGGGAAAGACUGAAAGAAUACCAUGAGGCUAUACUGCUGCAAAGCCAAAUCGCACAGCUUAAACACCCUGAGAAGAGGGUCUUGAGUGCUGUGAAGCACUUCUUUGAGAAACCACAUCCAAUUCUUGGAGGCAAAGCGAAGAAGUUUUUGAAUGACAGACAAGAUCUUGUUUCACUCAAGACACCAGUAGAGGCAGACUACUUGUCGAGCUUCUUGAGACGACACUGGGUAUCAGAGAAAGAAGUCAGCCGGGAUGGACGGAGCCAUUUCCGCCGGUUCCAUGAGAAAUCAAUCUCAAUCACCGUCAACAUAGUCACUAUCAUUGUGGCUCUCAUCUUUCUCAUCGGACCUAUGACGGGGCUGAACUUUGCAUCGAAUCCGGUUACUAGAUUAGUACUGAUAGCCGUAUUUACAGCAAUGUUUGCUGUCAGUCUCGGACUCAUUACGAAUGCACGGCGGGCUGAAGUUUUCGGGGCAACAGCUGCGUAUGCUGCUGUGCUAGUUGUAUUUGUCAGCAAUGGUGGUUUGUCUCCAGCUGGAGGCUGAGAGGAUCCGAGUUGUUUAGGAAAUUUGCGAUUACGAACGAUCGGGACAUGGCAAGUCCAGCUUAUUGAUAUCUCUUCAGCGAGCGAUGGACGGGGCUAUAAGCCAACGUGAACACGUCCUCUGAUGUUAAACACAGCUUCAU